CCCUUGCUAUAGUCACAUUACUAUAACCACGCCCACGGAAACAGCGUGUUAGCCAUGUCGCUGGAGUCUGUGCGGUACACCCGGGGAUCCCUUCAGGUGCUGAACCAGCUGCUUCUACCGCAGAUCAGUCAGUAUGACCAGGUGACCGGCGUGCGGGAGGGAGCGGACGCCAUUCGGACCAUGAAGGUCCGUGGCGCUCCGGCGAUCGCCAUCGUGGGCUCCCUCAGCCUGGCCGUGGAGCUGACCUCCAGCCCUCCCCAGCAGACGUCAGACCUCCUGUCGUUCGUCCGGGAAUCCAUGAACUUGUUGGUGGGGGCCCGGCCCACCGCCGUCAACAUGAAGAAGGCUGCGGACGAGCUCAAUGCAUUCCUGGCGCAGGAAGCGGAGAAACCCGGGGUGAGCGUACAGGAGCUGACUGACAGGGCCAUCCAGUGGGCAGAAUCCCUCCUGAAGAAUGACGUCAAAGACAAUCGUAAGAUCGGGGACCUGGGGGCACAACACAUCCUGCAGACUACUAAUGCCCCCGCCGGGGUGGUGAUCAUGACCCACUGCAACACUGGCUCGCUAGCCACGGCUGGCUAUGGCACUGCCCUGGGUGUGGUACGUUCCCUUCAAGCAAUGGGGCGCCUGUCCCACGUCUUCUGCACAGAGACCCGGCCCUAUAACCAGGGCUCCAGGCUGACUGCAUAUGAGCUGGUGUACGAGAAGAUCCCGGCCACACUCAUCACAGACAGCAUGGCGGCGGUGACCAUGAGGGAGCGUCAGGUCAGCGCUGUCGUGGUGGGAGCCGACCGCGUGGUCGCCAAUGGCGAUACGGCAAACAAGGUGGGAACGUACCAGUUGGCCGUCCUUGCAAAGCACCACGGGAUACCUUUCUAUGUGGCGGCCCCAAGCACCUCCUGUGACCUCAGCCUGCCUACAGGUGGCAGUAUCGUGAUAGAGGAGAGGCCCAGCCAGGAGCUGACCGACAUCAAUGGCGUCCGCGUGGCGGCACCAGGUAUCGGGGUGUGGAAUCCCGCAUUUGACUUCACCCCACAUGAUCUGAUCACGGCCAUAAUCACAGAGCGCGGGGUCUUCACCCCGGAGGAGCUGGAAGAUGGGCUGAGCCGCAGCCUUUAAUGCUGGGGGACCCUGUAGGUGAUCUUCACUGCAACACAUAUAGCAUCUCAAAUUCACUAAAAAAAAGUCAACUUUUAUAAUA